GGGGAGGGGGUACGUCACGUGUCACGUGAUUCCUAACUGCCUCUUGGCUCCAUGUAACCGAAAAAUAAUAAUAUUAAUGAAAUAUAAAAAUAAUCGGACUCAUCGGGAUAUGGUUUGUUUAUGUGUUGUGGGGGCGGAGGGAAGGCGACUGGACCAGCGAUGGAAGGCUAGGGCGCCCCUGUGGGAGUGGAGAGGCCCUUGGCCUGUGCGGGUCACGUGGUGCUGCGCUGUGGUGUUUCCCCGGUAAAGAUGGCGGCAGUGAGGUAGAAAGCGUCAGAUCCGAGUGGAAGAAUCAGUAGACGCUCCAAACUGACAGAGCAACCGGUGAGAGGGGAUCCCUAGGAUCAAUACCAUGAUGGACCAAGGGCAAGAUUUGUUGCUUGCAGCUUUGAGUGAGUGUGGAAUCAGUCCAAAUGACCUUUUUGAUGGCGAUUCUUUGGAUAUCGGAUUAAUUGCUCCAGUUCCUUCAGUGCAACAGUCAGUGCCAGUGAGUGCAUUACGUGUAAAUAAAGAGACGGAAACUCAAAUUUCUAUCAAGCAAGAACCUGCUGCCGUAUCUAGUCCUGCGCUAUUAAAUGUCAGGCCUCCAUCUACCACAACAUUUGUUCUCAAUCAAAUUAACCAGCUACCAACACUAGGUAAUGCAAUUGUGAUGACCAAAUCCACACCUGUUACAACCACUCGACAAACCAUCACAGUGACAAAAAUCAUUCAAACCAGUGCUUCAACAAGACCAUCCACUACUGCACCUGUAGUCCAAACCACAGUAACUGCUGUACCAUCCAAAGAACAGAUCCAGCUGAAAGAUCUAUUGAAGAACAGCAGUCUAAACAAAUUAAUGAAAUUGAAACCACCUUCCAAUAUUGCUCCACCUGUGGCUACUGCAGCAACGGACUUGAUCAACGGAACAAAGAAAGAUGUUUCUAAUAAGGAAGUAACAAGGAUAUGGAUCAAUGAUGAUAUCAAAAUGAGAAGCUUCUCGCCUACUAAUAAACCUCCAGCGAAGGAGGAGGAAGAGCCUGAAGAAGAUGACGAGGAUGAAAUGGGGCAUGCAGAAACCUAUGCAGAAUACAUGCCUAUAAAAUUGAAAGUUGGACUGCGUCACCCUGAUCCUGUAGUAGAAACUAGCUCCUUAUCUAGUGUGACUCCCCCUGAUGUUUGGUUUCAGACCUCUAUCCCGGAAGAAACUGUUGAUAAUGGAUGGCUUUCUGCUUUACAGUUAGAAGCAGUCACUUACGCAGCUCAGCAACAUGAAACAUUCCUGCCCAAUGGGGAGAGAGCUGGAUUUUUGAUAGGAGAUGGUGCUGGAGUUGGGAAAGGCAGGACUAUAGCUGGAAUUAUAUUUGAAAACUACUUACUUAGCAGGAAAAGAUCUUUGUGGUUUAGUGUCUCCAAUGACUUAAAAUAUGAUGCAGAGCGAGAUUUAAGAGAUAUCGGAGCAAAGAAUAUUCAGGUUCAUUCUUUGAACAAGUUUAAAUAUGGAAAAAUUUCUUCUAAACAUAAUGGAAGUGUGAAGAAAGGAGUCAUAUUUGCCACCUACUCUUCCCUGAUUGGUGAAAGUCAAUCAGGGGGUAAAUACAAAACACGUUUAAAGCAGCUUCUUCACUGGUGCGGAGAGGAGUUUGAUGGGGUUAUUGUAUUUGACGAAUGUCACAAGGCUAAAAACUUGUGUCCUGUUGGUUCUUCAAAACCCACAAAGACUGGUUUAGCAGUUUUAGAACUUCAGAACAAACUGCCAAAAGCCAGAGUAAUAUAUGCCAGUGCCACAGGUGCCUCUGAACCAAGAAACAUGGCCUAUAUGAGUCGUCUAGGAAUUUGGGGAGAAGGUACUCCCUUUCGAGAAUUUAACGACUUUAUCCAAGCAGUUGAAAGAAGAGGUGUAGGUGCAAUGGAAAUCGUAGCCAUGGAUAUGAAGCUACGAGGCAUGUAUAUUGCCAGACAGCUAAGCUUCACUGGUGUCACUUUCAAGAUUGAAGAAGUUUCCCUUUCCCAUGAUUAUGUCAAAAUGUACAAUAAGUCUGUAAAAUUGUGGGUCCUCGCUCGUGAAAGAUUCCAGCAGGCAGCUGACCUCAUUGAUGCUGAGCAGCGAAUGAAGAAAUCCAUGUGGGGGCAGUUUUGGUCAGCACAUCAACGAUUUUUCAAAUAUCUCUGUAUAGCAUCCAAAGUGAGGAGAGUAGUACAACUUGCCAGAGAAGAAAUAAAAAAUGGCAAGUGUGUGGUUAUUGGCCUACAGUCCACAGGAGAAGCACGCACCUUAGAAGCUUUGGAGGAAGGAGGUGGAGAACUAAAUGACUUUGUUUCAACAGCAAAAGGAGUGCUGCAGUCUCUGAUUGAAAAACAUUUCCCUGCACCUGACCGGAAGAAACUUUUUAGCCUUCUAGGAAUAGACCUGUCUGCUCAAAGCAAUAACAACUCUCCCAGGGAUAGUCCAAGCAAGGACAGUAAAGUAAAGAAAAGGAAAGGUGAAGACUUAUCACGAGAAGCUAAAAAGCCGAGGAAGUCAAGGGGCCUUGCUGGGAGCAGCUCUGAUGAAAUGGACAGUGAGUCAGAUACAUCAGACAAAGAAGCUGAAAGUGAAAGCGAAAGUUUUAAGUCUGUGAGUUCUGGAGAUGAUGAUGACUUUAACCCUUUUAGAGAUGAAUCUAGUGAGGAUAAUGAAAAUGGUAAGUUCUGGGGUUUAAAGAUGACUGGAAGAAAAGGCAGAGUUGUCAGCAAUGAUGACGGAAGUAUAUCAUAUGAGUCAAGGUCGGAACUUGAUGUACCUGUUGAAAUUCUAAAUAUCACAGAGAAACAGAGGUUCAUGGAUGGUGAGAAGAAUAUUGCAAUCAUCUCAGAAGCUGCUAGUUCAGGAAUUUCUUUACAAGCUGACCGUCGUGCUAAGAACCAGAGGCGGAGGGUACAUAUGACACUGGAAUUGCCUUGGAGUGCUGACAGGGCUAUUCAGCAGUUUGGAAGAACACACAGAUCCAAUCAGGUUACAGCCCCUGAAUAUGUCUUCCUGAUUUCUGAAUUGGCUGGAGAACAAAGAUUUGCUUCAAUUGUUGCAAAAAGAUUGGAAAGCUUGGGAGCCUUAACACACGGAGACAGGAGAGCAACAGAAUCCAGGGAUUUGAGCCGUUUUAACUUUGAUAACAAGUAUGGAAGAAAUGCUUUGGAAAUUGUUAUGAAAUCAAUAGUGAGUUUGGACUCUCCUCUUGUGUCUCCGCCUGCUGAUUACCCUGGGGACUUUUUCAAAGAUGUUCGACAAGGGUUAAUUGGUGUUGGUCUUAUAAAUGUGGAAGACAGAUCUGGAAUUCUAACUCUUGAUAAAGAUUACAAUAAUAUAGGAAAAUUUCUUAACCGAAUCUUGGGAAUGGAAGUACAUCAGCAAAAUGCACUUUUCCAGUAUUUCGCUGACACACUCACUGCAGUUAUACAAAAUGCCAAGAAGAAUGGAAGAUAUGACAUGGGCAUCUUAGAUCUUGGUUCUGGAGAUGAGAAGGUUAAGAAAACUGAAGUUAAGAAGUUUUUAACACCAGGGUACUCUACCUCAGGCCAUGUUGAAUUGUACACGAUAAGUGUGGAAAGAGGAAUGUCUUGGGAUGAUGCCACAAAAAUUUGGGCUGAGCAGACAGUGCCAGAGGAUGGCUUUUAUUUGUCACUGCAGAUAAGAAAUAACAAAAAAACAGCAAUAUUGGUUAAAGAAAUUAAUCCAAAAAAGAAGCUCUUCCUGGUAUACAGACCAAACACAGGAAAACAGCUGAAACUGGAGACUUUAGCAGACUUGAAAAAGAAAUACAAGAAGGUAACUUCUGAGGAUGCUUUGCCUCACUGGAAGGAACAAUACACCUCGUCUGCUGAAAUAUGUACUCAUGCUUAUUGGAGAGGUAAUUGUAAGAAGGCAAGCCUAGGUUUAAUCUGUGAAAUUGGGUUGCGCUGCCGGACAUACUACGUUUUAUGUGGAUCUGUCCUAAGUGUAUGGACUAAGGUAGAAGGUGUUCUGGCAUCUGUAAGUGGCACAAAUGUAAAGAUGCAAAUAGUUAGACUAAGAACUGAAGAUGGACAAAGGAUUGUUGGUUUAAUCAUUCCUGCAAAUUGUGUGUUUUCACUUGUGAAUCUGCUGUCCACGUCAGACCAGUCUCAGCAGAUUGCAGUACAACAGCAGCAGAUGUGGCAGCAACUUCACCCUCAGAGUAUCAGCAACUUUAGUGCCCUGUAGAGUGAAAAGGCCCGUGGAGAUGUGGGAGAGGCUGCUGGAGCAUAACUGCAUACAAAUCAGGGACAGAUUCCAAAGAGCUCAGACAACUUGUGCAUACCUGCUUGCUCAGUUCUGUUACAAGUCAGGACUUUGAGCACUUGCAGAUGUUCUGGUGGGAAUCCACAAGUUCCUUAAAGUGGCACAUCGUUUUUUUACUUUUUUGUGCUUCCCAUCUUUUCCCUCUCCUAAUUAUUUAUUUUUAUUUUUUUAAAUAAAUAUUACACUCUGUGCUGGGUAGAUAUAUUUUUUAUUCAUGCAGCAGAGUGUUUAGAUCCUUCACCGUGUCUUCAUUUUCUUAAUUUUCAAUACAGUGCUCAGGGUUUAACUUGGUAGUCGACCAUUGUUUUUUUGGGGGGGAGUUUUCCCUAAAUGCAUGUACUUGGAAGGUAUGAUGCAUAAACAUGUGUGUGUGUGUGUAUAUAGGUUAUUUUCCUUCACCUGUGUAAUCUUAAGGAUGCAUGCGUUUGUUAAUGCACUGUAUUUAAAAAGAUAAAGGUAUAUUUGUGUUCCACUCACUUUUUUUAAUUUAAAGCAGUGCAUGUUUCUGGGAGCAUGAAUAGAAAGGCUUUAAAAAACUUAUUGCAAGACAAGAACAUAGACCUUCAUCACCCUUAAUACUUUAUCUGCUAUUUACGUUAAAUGUGUGUUCUCUUCUCUGCCAUGUGGAAAUUUUGAACACACUGACUCUCAAAACUGGAGCGGAAAAAUCCCAAAGUUUCACAUGUAUAGAUGCAAUUUUUCUAAUGUACUGCAGAAAAGGGCUUGUUCCCCCCCCCCCCCUGUUUUUUUUUUUUUUCUUCUUCUUCUUUACAGGAACAAAACAAAUGCAUCCCAUCUUCCCUGAGAAUUGCUUAUUGUAAUUUAAUAGACCUUAUUUCACUGGUAAGAGACAGAUCUUGAGUUGUAUGCUGUGUUAUGUAGAUCACUCAAGACUCCCUGCUGUUUGUGUUGUUUUGCCUUCUCUGUAACUUGAAUACCAUUCAAUAUGUUGUAAGACAUUGUAGAGUUUAUCUUGAGCUGUUUAAAAUUGUAAUGUACAAAUGUGAAUAGUUACUUAUCUAUAUAAUAUGGGUAAGGCUUUUUUUGCCUCCAAUAGUAGAUGUUUAUAAGGAUGUGAAAAGGACAAAGUUUCUUUUCUUGCUUGCACAGGUUGCACUAUUGAACGUUUUGAGACUGUAUAAACCUGUUUAAAUCUACUCUGCAAGGUCUGAACAUCUUGUGGAGAACAAAUAAAAGUUAUUGUAUUAACAAGGACAA